CCCCCCUACUUUCAGACAGUCACUCUCUCCUUUUUCUUUUCUAAAGCCCGUUGUGAAGCCGAUUGACAGGCAAGAAUGAAAAUGAGGCGGACGCUCCGUCACGACUUCAGUGCGCCCGCGUCCUUUUGAGAAGAUCUUGAAAACUUGGACCCUAUCACCAUGGGAGCUGUUUGGGCUGCGAGAGACAUUUGUUUGUUUUUGCUCUUGUUAAAUAGUCGCCAAAGCAUAGCGCUUCCAGAGACUCGAGAUCCCUGCGCAGAGGGAAGUGAUGGCUGUCAUAUUGAUGCUAUUUGUCAGACUACCCAAGGCUCAUACAAGUGCACAUGUAAAGGAGGCUUUAAAGGAGAUGGAAAACACUGCGAAGAUAUUGAUGAAUGUGACCUGGAGUACAAUGGCGGUUGUGUACAUGAGUGCAACAACAUACCGGGCAACUAUCGCUGCACUUGUUAUGAUGGAUUCAACCUGGCCAACGAUGGACACAACUGUCUGGAUGUGGAUGAAUGCAUGUUCAACAAUGGUGGAUGCCAACAUACUUGUGUCAACACGGUGGGCAGCUACGAGUGCCGGUGCAAAGAGGGAUUCUUCCUGAGCGACAACCAGCACAUGUGCAUCCACCGUUCCAUUGAGGGCCUCAACUGUAUGAAUAAGGAGCAUGGCUGCGCCCACAUCUGCAAGGAGAGUUACCGAGGAGGCGUGGCCUGCGAGUGUCGUCCAGGCUUUGAGCUGGCCAGGAACCAGAGAGACUGCAUUUUAACAUGUAACCACGGCAAUGGAGGCUGCCAGCACACCUGUGAGGACACGGAGGAUGGUCCCACCUGCAGGUGCCACGUCAGGUACACCUUACAGCCUGACAAGAAGACCUGUGUGGAGCGAGAUGAAGCCACCACUGAGUCCUCAGACCACAACGCCACGUCCUCUACCGAGGCCGACAAACGUGUCAAGAGAAGAUUGUCAAUGGAAACCUGCGCACUGAACAACGGGGGCUGCGACUCCACUUGUAAGGACACAUCCACUGGCGUGCGCUGCAGCUGUCCCGAUGGCUUCACACUUCAGCCGGAUGGAAAAUCGUGUAAAGAUAUCGAUGAGUGUGAGAUUCACAAUGGUGGCUGCGAACACUUCUGCAAGAACACUGUUGGCAGCUUCCAAUGCAACUGCAGGAAAGGAUUUAAAUUGCUGUCAGAUGAACGCUCUUGUCAGGAUAUAGAUGAGUGUUAUUUUGAGCGCACAUGCGAUCACACAUGUGUGAACUCCCCCGGUGGUUUUCAGUGUCUGUGCAACAAAGGCUACACCUUGUAUGGGCUGGCCCACUGUGGAGAUGUAAAUGAAUGCAGUGUAAACAACGGUGGCUGUGAGCAUGGAUGUGAGAACACUGUGGGUGGAUUUGAGUGUUUUUGUCGUCCCGGCUAUAAGCUACACUGGAACAAAAAGGACUGCAUCAAGGCUGAGGGUUUAACACCUGCAAACCUCCCCUCUAAGCCUACCUUGAACUGUAGUAAGCAGCAUGGAGGGGAUCUCUGCUUCCUGAACUGCAAGUCUCAAGUUCACAUCAGCAGUGGGACGGAGGAUUCCUACACGGUGACCUGUGGAAUGCCGCUGCCCUGCUUGGCUGGCGCACAAAAGAGCAACAGCGACUCUCAUUGCUUAGGUACAGAAAAGGCCGGUGUGCAGCGAAUUAAAACCACAGCCACUUUCAAGUCUGGCACUGCCAAAUGCAACCUUAAACGAAGUCAGGCGAAACUCUGGGAAAGCUUCAACUCAGCACACUCAGAUUGCAGCUUUCUCUUCACCGAAAACGUGCAGUUCAGCUAUGUGAGCCUUCAUUGCACCUCGUUGGGCCUGCGAACGCGCAGCCGCCACAGCAGGAAAGCCGGCGAGGACGAUGGCUUCGCCAUUACAGCUGAGUUUGAGCUGGAUGUUAACCUUGAGGAGGUAACAGCAGAGAGCUGCGACCUGAACUGCGUGCGUCGACGCUCUGAGAAGAGACUCAGGAAGACCAUCAGGACCCUGAGGAAAUCCAUCAACCGGGAACAGUUCCACCUUCACUUUGAAGGGACCGACUAUGACCUGUCCAAGACUCUGGGCCAACCGGCAGGACUGCCAGGACACUGUCUGGCCGGUCAAGUGUUGGUGGGCAGAAAAUGUGUGAGUUGCAGUGUUGGGACAUACUAUGAUGGUGAACAGGGGCACUGUGUGACCUGCCCUGCUGGGACAUAUCAGGACGAGGAGGGACAGAUGUCCUGUGAAGCCUGUCCUACGCCUGAAGGGAGAGAGGUUGCCAAGGUGGUCGGAGCUCGAAACAUGUCAGAGUGUGGAGGUCAGUGUCCACCCGGUCAGUACUCUCAUGACGGUUUUGUCCCCUGCAUCCCCUGUCCGCUGGGAACCUACCAACCAGAAGUGGGACGAACCACCUGCUUCCUGUGCGGAGGGAACCUGGUGACUAAACACAACAGCGCUGUCUCAUUUCAGGAUUGCGAGACCAAAGUCCAAUGCUCUCCAGGCCAUUACUAUAACACCAGCACACACCGCUGCAUCCGCUGUCCGACGGGGACUUACCAGGGCGAGUUUGGCCAGAACUACUGUGUCGCCUGUCCUGGUAACACCUCCACCGACUUUGAUGGCUCCACCACCAUCAUGCAGUGCAAAAACCGGCAGUGCGGUGGAGAGCUGGGGGAGUUCUCCGGCUACAUCGAGUCUCCAAACUACCCGGGGAACUAUCCCGCCAACAUUGAGUGCACCUGGACCAUCAACCCACCGCCCAAACGCCGGGUCCUCAUUGUGGUGCCGGAAAUCUACCUGCCCAUUGAGGACGAAUGUGGAGACUACUUGGUGAUGAGAAAAAGCUCUCUGCCCAAUUCUGUGACAACUUACGAGACGUGUCAAACAUACGAGCGGCCCAUCGCGUUCACAUCCCGCUCCAAAAGACUGUGGAUACAGUUCAGGUCUAACGAGGGAAACAGCGCAAAGGGCUUCCAGGUGUUAUAUGUCACAUAUGAUGAGGAUUACCAGGAACUGAUUGAAGACAUAGUGAGAGAUGGAAGAUUAUAUGCAUCAGUGAAUCACCAGGAAAUCCUUAAGGACAAGAAGCUCAUGAAAGCAUUGUUUGACGUACUGGCUCAUCCGCAGAACUACUUCAACUACACGUCACAGGAAUCAAAAGAAAUGUUUCCCAAAUCCUUCAUCCGCUUCGUGAGGUCCAAAGUCAUGAGAUUCUUUCGCCCUUAAAAAGCAUUCAAACAGAGGAUCUGGAUUUUUCACAACAAACUGAAGUCAGACACUUGUGACAGUAUUCGCGGCCCCUUUGAGAGCCUUCUGUCAUUUCUUUUAUUCACUCGGAGCCAAAAAAGAGCGGACUGAUGGGAAUGCGAACAACUGAAGCAACGGGAUAUUAGACAUAAGUUUCUAACUGAGUUGUGAAGAUGUAUGGAUUAUUCAUCUGCUAUGACAUCACUGAAAAUGAUCUGAAUACCUUCCAUUGGUUUGGGAAUGUGUUUGUAAGGACUUUAUGACUUCCUAUAGACUUUAAAACCAGGACUGAUAUCCAAAGUGCAGAUCUUUGCACUGGAAUUAUUUUUAUAAAAGUGACAUGGUGACUUUAUGGGGCUUCUCCUGAUCUGGUCAUAAAGGAGUAGAAGAAUAGUAACUGAACAGAUAAAUACUGCAUGUCAGUGAGACUGUAUAUAGAGUGUGUAACUAGUUUUAACAUAGGUUGCUUUCACAGGCAAAGAGUACAAAAAAAUAUCCAGAACGAUAAAAAAGAACAAACAACUUUUUGGGACCACUAGCACUAGUACAGAGGUAGUCCCACCACAGAAGCAAUUACUCUGAUUGAUAUUUUGUAUAUGGUGUAAAAAGUUUUUGGUGAAAUGCUAAAGUAUAACAGUAUAGCUGCAAAGGCUGGUGGUAUUUGUUUUGUUUUUCAGGGUGUCUGAAUAACUAUUGCGUUUUUAUGCAUCCGUAAUAUAUGAACCUCAACACAACACCCAAACAUGAUGCAUUGUGAUCUAACAGCUGAAGAUACACCAAGAGAGACUGAAAAAUAUGAUUCUGAUAGGAGAAACUAAACAUUUUGUAAUAUACAGCUGAGCAGUUCACCUGUCCUGGAUGAUACAUGUUUGUAUAUUCUUAUGGUUUUGUACAUCUAACUUGCUGUAAAUAAAGACUGAUAAUUUCAUGGUU